UUCAGUGUGCGCUGAAAGCUAGCCCGGUCCUUCGGUCCCCGCUGGGCCCGCCCGCAGCGCAUCUGCCCUGCUCGCUGACUCCGCCCCGCAUCUGUCCGGACCCGCCUCGCGUCGGAGCUGACCCACUGCGCUUCUGCCAGUCAGUCCCUCCGGACCGGAGAGCCUCGGGCUGCCGAAAUCACCGCGCCUCGCUCGCCUCAACAGUGAUUCUGAGUCUGCUUUUAGCUUCCCUUCGCCUGCGUUGACUUUUUCUGGUCACGAACAGCUGUUUGGCCCAUAGAUUAGGGAAAAAAAAAAAGCAGCCUUAUUUUCUCUCCCAAGAGAAUCUCUUCUCUGUGCUCAGAGAUGGGGAGUGGGGAGCCUAAUCCUGCUGGCAAGAAAAAGAAGUACCUUAAGGCUGCCCUGUAUGUGGGUGACUUGGACCCAGAUGUCACGGAGGACAUGCUCUAUAAGAAGUUUAGGCCUGCUGGCCCUCUGCGCUUCACCAGAAUCUGCCGUGACCCGGUGACCCGCAACCCCCUGGGUUAUGGCUAUGUUAACUUCCGCUUUCCAGCGGAUGCUGAAUGGGCCUUGAACACCAUGAAUUUUGAUCUGAUUAAUGGCAAACCAUUUCGCCUGAUGUGGUCGCAACCAGAUGACCGCUUGAGAAAGUCUGGAGUUGGAAACAUAUUCAUCAAAAACCUGGAUAAGUCUAUAGACAAUAGGGCCCUGUUUUAUUUAUUUUCUGCUUUUGGCAACAUUCUUUCCUGUAAGGUUGUAUGUGAUGACAAUGGCUCCAAGGGUUAUGCCUAUGUGCACUUUGAUAGCCUGGCCGCUGCCAAUAGGGCUAUAUGGCACAUGAAUGGCGUGCGGCUCAACAAUCGCCAGGUGUAUGUGGGUAGAUUCAAAUUCCCAGAAGAAAGAGCUGCUGAAGUGAGAACCAGGGAUAGAGCAACUUUCACCAAUGUCUUCGUAAAAAACUUCGGAGAUGAUAUGGAUGAUGAAAAGCUGAAAGAACUUUUCAGCGAAUAUGGGCCAACAGAGAGCGUUAAAGUAAUAAGAGAUGGCAGUGGGAAAUCCAAAGGUUUUGGAUUUGUGAGAUAUGAGACGCACGAAGCGGCCCAAAAAGCUGUGCUAGACCUUCAUGGGAAGUCCAUCGAUGGCAAAGUCCUUUAUGUAGGGCGAGCACAGAAGAAAAUUGAACGCCUGGCCGAAUUAAGGCGGAGAUUUGAACGACUGAGAUUGAAAGAAAAAAGUAGGCCUCCAGGAGUGCCCAUCUACAUUAAGAACCUGGAUGAGACCAUUGAUGAUGAAAAACUGAAGCACGAGUUUUCUUCAUUUGGAUCAAUUAGUCGAGCCAAAGUAAUGAUGGAAGUCGGGCAAGGCAAAGGGUUUGGUGUGGUCUGCUUCUCUUCUUUUGAAGAGGCUACCAAAGCAGUGGAUGAGAUGAAUGGUCGGGUGGUGGGCUCUAAGCCCCUGCAUGUCACUCUAGGCCAAGCCAGGCGCAGGUGGUGAGAGUCAGUGUUCAGUUUUUUUCAGCCUUAGCUGGUGCCUACUUAGUUUGGGCUCCUUUGUGAUAGGGGGUUAUCUUCUGCCAACCCACAUUUUUUUUUAACUGAAUACUUUCUUUUUUAAAAGUAUACCUAGACAACAGUGUUUAUUUAAGUGAAGGACAUAAUUUUUAAUUGAAAAAAAAAUCAUCAUUUUGUACAAUUUUGAUACAAUACUCUUAGGAAUGUGUAGAAUGCAGUUCAUUUCUCCACAUUUUUCAUGAGUAGCCAGAAUGAGGCAUUUGAUUCUAUUUCCUCCUUUAUUUCAGAAAUCCUAAAUUUAAUUUCUUCCAUGAAAACAUUUAGCAUGGUCUUAAAUUCUCAAUUGGUCAUACUGAAAAGUUCCAACUUGCUUUGUGAAAAAUCAAGAGAGAAGGGAGUUGUAUAUAUGACCCAAGUAAAAUCUCUGUAUAAUUUCACUUUAAAUUUUUAUUUUAAAUGAAUAUUCUUUAAAAAUAUAUGAGCUUCUUUCCUUUAUUUAUUUGUAUUUGUUGUCCUUUUCAAAGCUACUGUGAGCAUUCUACAGAUUUAGGAGUGGAUGUGACUAAGUACUGGGAAUAUUCUUUCUGACCUUCAUGUUAUUUUCUCCAUCAAUACUUUAGAAAAUUAACACUUCAUGAACAUUGCUAAUUAAAUUAUGAUUGAAUCUUUAAAGCAUUUCCUUGUUUGAUAUAUGAAGAUGCUCUAUGAACCACUCUUAUAGCUCAUUUUCCUAAGUUUCUUAGCAUACAAACAUAAUUAUAUUACAUAAACCAGAUUACUAACCUCACUAUAUCACCUUUACCUAUAACUGAAUAUAAUUCUUUCAUUCUUUAACAACUGUCAGUGUAAAAGUUUAUCAAUAGAAUGCUAUUGAAAAGCUAAAGUACAUUUUCUAUUAAACUUGUUAUUUCUUGUAAAUCUUUAAUAUAAUCAAGUUAAAAUCGUUGCAGGUGUUUCAAAUUUAAGGGACAAGUUGCUUAAUUAGGUCAGAUGUUCCUAUACAUUAUAUUGAAAUUAUUAAUUCCAAAUAAUUCUCCUUGUCUGCUUCAGAACACUGAGAAAAGAAGCAUUCUGUUUCAGAACAUUCAGUUUUAGAAUAUUAGGAAAGGAGAAGUUCUAUUUCAUACUGCAGUGAAUUUAUAUACCUUGUAAUUUCUAUGUUCCACAUUGAUUUGCAGUUCUCUGUCUCACAUUCUGCUUUCUGUUCAUGUUAUACUUAUUUGAUUAUUUCCUUAUCACUUUUAUUUAAGUGUAAUAGAAGUUCACUUUUAUUUGAGAAGUAGAGAAAUAAUCCCUGUAAAAUUUCAAUGAUUACCUUGAAAACUUAUAAUUCAUUGAUACUGUAACCAAACCACAAAAGAUUUUAUUUUCAUUGUCAGUUGAUGUCUACUACUUUAUAUACAAAUACUCAUUUUAAUAACUUAUACAGUAUGAAUAUACAAUUUUAAAAACUUUGUUAACUCUUUAACCAUAAAAUGAAAAUAGGCUGUUUUAUAUAAUUGUUUAUCUACAAAUCACACAUGCACACACGCACACACACACACACACACACACACAUAUGUAUAUGUAUAUAUAUAUAUAUACAUUUUCCAAUAUUUUCAAAUUGAAAAUCAUGUUUUGUUUAUUAUAAACAUAGUACAUGUUCAUUAUAAGAAAAGUGCACAGUACAGAAGAAGUAAAAUUACAAGUCAAGGAGACCACUAUUAAUAUUUUUACUAUGUCCAUAUCCCUCCAUAUUUUUUUAUGUAUACCUACACAUUUUUACAAAAAAACCUUAUGUACUAUGUUGUAGUUUUUGAUUUUAAGCUGCAUCAAAUAAUCU